AUGGGGGGACAACAGACCUCAGAACUGGGGAAUGGUGUUUCUCAAAUGCUAGACCAAACUGGUAAGCACACGUACCACAUCUUUGAGGCCAAUGAGCUCCUAAGUAGCUACAGCAUAAAAGACCUCAACCGUCUCGUCCACGGCCCCAACAUCCACGCGCUAAACUGGACGCCGGCCGUAACAAACGUCCGCACAGGCACUUCAACCACAGUCCGCCACCACUGCAGCCAAGGCUCUGACGGGUGGUACCGCUGCGGGCUGCAGCAAAUGGUCAUGUCGACCGGCUGCAAGAAACACAGAGACGAUGAGAUGCGGAAGGUGUUUGACAAGAUACGAAAAGGGUAUCCUGUAUACGGAUGGGAACUAAACAGACCAGGCAGUGGGGAAUCAAACCAGUGUUCCGAGUCGAAGAUGAAAGCCAUUGUAGAGGCGUCCAAGGCUGAGCAGGAAGAAGUCGAGAAGCAGCUUGAGGAGUGUGGGAAGGUAGAUGAGAGUGUUUUUGUGUACGCGCGGAUGAAGAAAAUGGAAGAGGAAAGGGCGAAAGAAAGGAAGUGGCAGAGAAAGAAUGAGAAAGAGAGGGCAAGGUUGGGUAAGUAA